AUGGCCCGAGUUCUUCUCACAGGCGGUACCGGUUUCAUCGGAGCUCAUAUUCUCAAUGAGCUUCUUGCUCGCGGGCACACAGUUCUAGCAGCCGUGCGCUCCCAGCUCAAAGGCCAGCAACUCCUCUGUCGGUAUACCCCCGAUGUGGCGAAGCGGAUAUCUACAAUUAUAGUAGAAGACAUCACCAAAGAAGGCGCCUUUGAUCAAGCUCUUCAAGCAGCUCCAUUGGACGUCGUGAUCCACUGCGCCAGUCCCUUUUACUACCGUCCCAAUAAUCCCGAGGAAGAUAUGCUCCGGCCCGCUAUCCGUGGCACAGUUGGUAUUCUCGAAUCUGUGAAGAAACGCGCGCCCUCCGUUAAAAGAGUCAUAAUAACCUCUUCGUUUGCGGCCAUUAUCAACUUCAAUUCCCACCCGCCGGUUUACUCUGAGAAGGUGUGGAAUCCAGUGACUUAUGAACAAGCACUGAAUCCCGCUCUCAGCUAUCCUGGAAGCAAGAAACUGGCUGAAGAGGCUGCUUGGGCAUUCAUGAGGGACGAGCAGCCCUCGUUUGCGCUCACCACCAUCUGCCCACCGCUCGUCUAUGGUCCCGUUGCCAACCGUCUAGAUUCUCUCGACAAUAUCAACACAUCCCAACUCCCGCAUCCGGGAUAUCAUCCUCGGCAAGCUAUCGAUAUCCCAGAAGCAGCCAAUGAGAGGUUCUUGGUUACCGCUGGACAUUAUGAUAACAAGGUCAUUGUGGAGAUUAUCCGUGAGGAGUUCCCGCAACUCAAGGAGAGGCUUCCGUCGAGGGAUCUGGCGGGAGAUUUGCCGACGGAUGUGUAUAAGUUUGAUAAUUCCAAGUCUGUGAAUUUGUUGGGCGUUAAUUAUCAGUCUUUAAGGGUAUCUGUAAGAGAUACUGUUGCUACGCUUCUGGAGCAGGGGAACGUGUAG